AUGGCCGCCCCCGCCGAGCCCGGGGACCCUCCCGGCUUCCAGAGGCCGCCGGCGAUGCUGCGGCUGAAGCGAAAACGCCGGCAGAGGAGCGAACCCGCCGCCGCCGCUGCCGCCGCCGCCCCGGCCCCGCGGGGCCCCUCCGCGCCCGCCCGCCGCAACCCCUUCUCCAGCCUGAACAACAACGCGCCUCGGCGGGCGGCGGCCACUCAGUCCCCGGCCCCGGCGGGCGGGGAUCCUUCGGCAGCGCCCUUCUGGCAGUUUUUAGAGCCUGCCUGUGAAGAGAAGCCCCCCGGGAGAGCAGAGCCCGCGGGAGGAGCCGACAUCCUCACCCUAACCAAGGACCUUCAUUUACCUACUGCUGUACCCAAAGUUCCCUCCUCACCAAGACAGGAAUUCCCUGCAGACUGGAGUAUUAAAACACGGAUUCUAUUCAUGUCUUCCCAACCUUUCACCUGGACAGAACACCUAAAAGCACAAGAGGAAGCUCAGGGACUUGCUCAGCACUGUAGAGCUACAGAAAUCACCUUGCCCCCGAGUGUGCAGGAACCCCAGCUGUCCACAGAGCUGCGCUGUGCCUUCCAGCAGAGCCUCGUUUACUGGCUCCACCCUUCGCUGCCGUGGCUGCCGCUGUUCCCUCGGAUUGGGGCAGACAGGAAAAUAGCUGGAAAGGCUUGUCCUUGGGCACAGGAUGAGGCCCUGCAGCAAGUGCUCAGGAGUGACUGGUGUGUGAGCUUCUCCUCGCUGUACCGGCUGCUCAAGGCGGGGCUCUGUCCCUACUUCUACGUGUGCUGCCCGCAGUUCACGGUGCUGUUCCGCGCCGCGGGGCUGGGGGGCAGCGCCGUGCCCAGCGCCGCCAUCGCCCCCACCACCCGCGGCUUCAGGGAGGCCCUCCGGAGCGAAGGCAUAGAGUUCUCCUUACCUUUCGUAGAAGAAAGAGCCAGGAGACAGAAAAGCUCCGAGGAGGAUUUGGGAACAGAAGUGGCUGACGGCCUCAGAGGGGGCAGCAGUGCAGAGGAUGCAGAGGAACCAGCUCUGAGCGAUGAUGAUGAUGAGGAAAGUUUCUCUUGGCUCGAGGAGAUGGGAGUCCAAGACGAGGUGAAGAAACCAGACACUAUUUCUAUCCAACUGCGCAAGGAGAAGCAGGAGGUGCAGGUGGAUCACAGGCCCGAGUCGCUGGCGCUGGUGAGGGGCUCGGACACGCUGACCCUGCUCAACCUGCUCAUCAACUGCCGCAGCCUGGUGGCCGUGGCGGGGCCGCAGGCGGGGCUGCCCCCCACCCUGCUGUCCCCCGUGGCCUUCCGGGGGGGCACCAUGCACACGCUCAAGGCCCGCAGUGCCCGUGCCCGCGUGCCAGGGGGCUCGGAGGACGUGUUCAGCCUGGAGGUUCUGGGGCCUGUCCUGCCCCACACCCUGCGGGCGCUCACCCGGCUGCUGGGCCCGGCCCAGCGCGGGGCCUUCCGAGCCCUGCUCAGCACACACCAACCCAGUGCUGCCUUCAACUGCUGCCCCCAGCCACAGGAGGCUGUGGGAUCACCCCAGGAUCUCCCUGCGUGUGGGCUGCAUCCCAAGACUCUGGAUGAGCUGAGGCAGUGUCCAACCCUGGGAAAGUCUGCCAUCCGCUUCCUGGAGAUGAAGGACUAUGCAUACACCUGGAAGGCCUAGGAAUGCUGGCUCCAGUCCCUGGAGCAGGAUGUUCCAGGUGUGCUGUGCUCGGGGGGGGGGUGGGCAGCACCUGGGCAGGUCGGGAGGGACAUCCCAGACAGUGCCCAUGGCACGGAAACACUUCCCAGGACUUUUAAUGGAAAGAGAGGCUUUGGGCUUCUCCUUUUGUAUUUUAGAAAGUCUUUUAUAAAUAAAACUCUUCGUUUUA